UUAGUCUCUGUCUCUUUAGUCUCCUAGGCCUACCUAACCUACUGAAUAGGUUACUAAUCCCUUCUAAGCUGUACCGGCCAAAGCCUCAGUAGCAGGACCAGCUCCAAUCAAUGAUUUGAAUCCACCCAUCAAAACCCCCAGGUAUAACCCCUAUUCUUCUUUUGUUUAGCUACGCACCUUACUCCCGCGGCGCCCUAUCGUCCUUUCUUUGAACCUAGCGAUUACUCUCUUUUACGAGAGAAGAUUUUCUUCUGUGAAUAUCGACCCUUCCUUCCCUUUUUAAGCCUCCUCGGGAAAGGUUCUACGAGUCCUAGUAAUUCAAAGGUUUGCUCGCUAGCGGUGUGUUUAAUUGGCUACGCGGUGUGCCUAAGCGUACCAACCCCGGGGCGGGAUUCACUUAUUUUACACAAAGAAGAAAUUCUGAUUUUAAUCGAAAGUCUUAUGCCCGGGAUUGUAUACUCUAUUAUAAUACCUGCUCAUGGGAAUCCUAUUCCAAGAGGAUCCACCGGAGAGAGUUACCUCCCCUACCCGGCCACAAACCUUCUCUUCUUGGGUUUUUUCCUUGCAAAACCCCGUCCAAACAGAGAGAGAUUGGAUGAACGUAUUCUUAAAAGAAAGAAAUUCCCAGGAAGAGUAAUAAAAUCCCUAGCCAUUGCUUUCACUGUCUUACUCGCUGGCAACUGCCACUGCAACCAGAGGGGCUUCAGGGAUUACCUCAGCUCAGUGGAAAGCGAAGGAAGGGUAGGGCUUAAAGCUGCUCGUUCCUCGAGGGUUCGGGUCAGGAGCGGUAUAAGAGGUCUAGGCGCUCUUAAAGAUGGAAAAGUCAGGGUAAAAAACGGAGUUCAGAGUCGAUGUGACAAUAGGAGGAAUUUCAACAACGUAUUUCUACUGAAGAAGUUGCGAUUCCCUGCAUUAAACCUCCGAAGAGUGGCCUUCCAUUAUCUCUUUCAGGCUUUUCUGUGGGAAGACUUGAAGCCGUUGGCAUUCCCCUAUGCAGAGACAGUUUCCGCAAUAGCUAGAUUCUCAAGCUCUGAUUCAGAUUCUAUAUCUAUCCUCCACCCUGGAGAAAGGGCUUGGUGUAGAGAUUGUUAGAAUUAGAAAGAGAUAGGAGUCGGAAAGGUGUGAUCGAGGACAGGGCAUAACCCAGAGUUCUUACUUAACAAACACCAAUCCAAGUG